UGAGCAGAGAGAGGGAUGUAGGAUUACAUAGGUUACAGAGAUAUAUAACAUUUUCAAGCGACAGUGUCUUCUUUCCGCCACUGUUUACGCAGAUAUUGGAAUCUCUUACAUCAGUGCCAGUUUUGUUUUAGCAUUGUCUGAAAUAAACUGGCUGUGGAUUCGAAGGCGUACGUUAAGAUGAUCUGUGAGCCAGUGUUGGGAUGUAACUUAGAUGUAACUAAGUACAUUUACUCAAGAACUGUAUUUAGCUACAAUUUUGAGUUUUUUGAGGACAAUUUUACUUGAGUGUUUCCAUUUUAGGCUACUUUAUACUUUUGCUGCACUACUACGUUUUGGACGCAAAUUUCACAUUUUUAGUCCACUACAUUUAUCUGGUAAUUUGAGUUAAAUUGUAGAUUCUGAUUAUUAAUACAAAAUAUAUCAAAUUAUGAUGUAUUACUAUAGGCUAAGCUGCCCAGCAGUAUAUAAAUAACUACAAUCCAGUAAUAAUCCAACAAAUAUUAAAUCAAAAUGAAUGUGUUGGCUUCCAUGUUGUUCAUUAAUUAAUAAUAAUCAUUAAUAAAUUAUCAAUGCCAAGAAAGACUAAGACCCAACUCUUUUUUUGUUGCUAAAAAACUUUCCUAGAAAGAGGUGCUCCACAAAAAAACUAAAAUAUAUUAUAAAUAUAAUAUAUAUAUAUAUAAAUUUUAAAUUGCCAUUACCAAGAUGACUUCUGGAAAUGUUUGUUUUCUGACUAACAGUACGAAACUCAAAUACAUUUAAUUUACAGUGAUAUAAAACCAAAAAAAAGCAGAAAAUCCUCAUAGUUUGCGAAGAGGCUGGAACCUCCAAAUAUUUGCCAUUCUUGCUUAAAAAUUCCUCAAACAAUUAAUCGAUUAUCAAAAUAGUUGCCGAUUAGAUCUCUGGCCAUCGACUAAUCAUUUUAGCUCUAAACUGAGUAAAUUUACUCAACUAUUGUACUUAAAUACGCCUGUUUUGGGAGACUUUCUACUUGUCCACGACAUUUCAGAGCCUUUUCCUUUAUUAUAUUUAUCUGAUAGCUGGAGUUACUUUGCUGAUUCAGAUUUAACAAUCAGCGAGAUGCAAGGUCAUUCAAAUAACUGAUGAAAAUUCCUGAGGAGGAAUUCCUGCAGGGCAUUUUAGAGGAGGACGCGGUGAGAAAUUUACCUGGAAAAUCAGGGAGGAGAAGAUAUUCCCAAUAAAAUGUUAGAUUUGUUAAGUAAACUCUAGAUUCCAUUUAGCCUGGGUGGGUCCAUCCAUCUUAUAAAUGCAGCCACCUAAAGCCAAACCAUCCACUGACCUGAGCCAAAGUCCUGCUUUACUUAGUCUUCCUUUGUUAUUUAAAGCACGUUGUAACGAACACCACAAACAAAGUUUUGUUCUCACAGUGACAGAGUUUCAAAAAGCCACUCCAUCUCCUGCAGUAGAAACCCGACAGCCACAGUCACCUUGACAACUCACAGGUUCGACUGAGAGAGACCAUUACAUAAUACCGCACUCCAUUUCAAAUGGGAGAAGGCAUCUAAAACUUUCCUUUGUAAAGUAUCUUUUGCAAUUGUUAUGACUUGAAACAGCAUCUCGCUUCUUGCCAACCAUCUGGAGACUAUUAUAGGUUAUAAAACAGCUGCACAGGAGUGGCUCCUUUUCCUGCCACCGCAGACGGAAAAACAAUAGUGAUGUCUGGGAACGUGCACGGAUUGAACCGGACACAGUCACAAAAAAACAACUAAACCCAGUACGGAGCAUGUGUCCUCUUUCUUAUUAUUUGUCUGGACACGUGCUUCCAGCAGCCUUUUGUUUAUGUUCAGGGUCCUGCCAAAAACGCAGCCAGUAGCAAAGAGACAGAGUGGUCCCGCUUUGUCAUCCUGCUCAUUUAGGGUUAAAUUCUCACAGACACUUGACUUCCUCUUGCAAACCUCUCGCCCUCAACACCCUGGCAAGCCCUCUUCAUUUUUUUCCUUAAGUAAAUGUUAUAAAUAGUGGUGUGUGUGUGUGUGUACUGUUGACUGGCCAUCCUCCUCUCAAAGUGGAUGUCUCGCUGCACUGCCCACCUUCAGUCACUCACCUUUUCACUCCCUCUCUCUACGUCUGUUUUUCUCUCAACACACACACAAACACAACUUCGGUUCAACCUUCUGUCUCUCGAGUUCGUUUCGGCUUCUCUGUAAAGCUUUUUACAGGAUUUUUCUGCUUGUUCUUGUUCUCCUAAAAGACUGGAGGCACUCUAAGUCAGCGGGCAAACUGAAAUUAGGGGCUUUUCAGCAUGCGUUGUGUGAGCUGGUUGCUGCUGGGGACCUGCCUCCUGGUCCUGGGCCCCGCGGUGCAGGGAGCCCCGGGCCAGUGCCCCAGCCUGUGCCACUGCCACGGUGACCUUCAGCACGUCAUCUGCGACAACGUCGGGCUGAAGAAGAUCCCUCGGGUGUCUGAGGUCACCCGUUUGUUGAACCUGCAGAGGAACAACCUGGGCAGCAUACCCACAGGAGCCUUCAGUGAAAGCAAGGGACUCAUCUCGCUGCACAUGCAGCACUGCCAGAUCCGAGAGAUCGGAUCCCACGCCUUCAAGGGGCUGAAGAAGCUCAUCUACCUCUACCUGUCCGACAACGAGAUCAACAGCAUCAAGCCCGGCGCCUUCGAGGACCUGACCGAGCUCACCUACCUCUACCUAGAUGGAAACCAGAUCAGCGACCUGGCAAAGGGCAUCUUCUCCCCCAUGAUCAACCUCUUUAUUCUGCAGCUUAAUGACAACAAGCUCCGCGAGCUGCGGCAGGGGACAUUUACAGGUGCCAAAGACUUGCGCUGGCUGCACAUGAGUGGGAACGAGCUGACGACCCUGCAGCCGGGCUCUCUGGAUGAUGUGGAGAACCUCGCAAUACUUCACCUGGACAGCAACAAGAUGUCCACCUAUCCCAGUGCGGCAAUGAGCAAACUGCGUGUGGUGGAGGAACUCACGCUGGGGAAGAACCCCAUGAGGACCAUCCCAGACAACGCCUUCCAGAGCUUUGGGCGCUACAUGGAGCAUCUAUCCCUGGACAACAUGGGUCUGGAGAAGUUCUCUGAUGGUGCUUUUACUGGUGUGACGGCAGUCAAGUCACUGCACCUGGACAACAACAAGCUAAAGUACCUUCCCAAAAGCUUGGAGUUUGGCACCAUCACCAACCUCACCCUCUCCAACAACCCUUGGAGCUGCACAUGUCAGCUAGCUCCACUGCGCAGGUGGAUGGACUCUAGCCGUACUCGUCUAGACGCAGUGUGUGCUUAUCCACCUCAGCAGAAAGGCAAGCAAAUCAGAGACAGCAUCGCCUUCAACGGCUGCAGAGUCAAGCCGAAGAGAGCCAGAAAGGGCACACGUGUUUGAAUACGCAGCUGUACAGGAGACGCUGAGGAGGAGCCUGUCCAGGUGACCGGCUACACAUGCAACAAAAGCAAUGCUAACUCAUUUUACUUCAAGACUGUCCAUCUAUUCAUCUGCUAUAUGGUGUCACUAUAGUGUAAACACAUACAAACACAUUCAUAGAUACACUCUCUCUUGUCUGUCUCCCUCAUCACCAAAACACACGAAGAGCUUUACAGACCUUUCAUUUUCAUUUAUUUAUAUCAAACUAUGUGAGUGGAAAUGGGCAACAUUCAGGUAACCACCAAAACAAGGGAUGCAAUUGAUUAAUUGAGGGCUACACAAAGCAUUAAGGACAGAUGUGUUGUCUUUUCCUGGUGCAUUCAGUGCCAACGUUUCAAUGUCUUGAUUAGCAUGACAAUGAUGUAAAGUCAAACCAGAUGAGUUUAAAGGAAAAAAACACUUUGGGAAAUGUGCUUAUUUGCCUUCUUACAGAGUUAGAUGAGAAGAUUGAUCCCUCUCUCGUGUAUUCAGCUUAGCUUAGCACAAAUACGAGAAACAGGGAAACAGCUAGCCUACCUCUGUCCAACUGCAACAAAACUGCCGAGCAGCACCUCUGAAGCUCAUUAAUUAGCAUGAUAUAUAUAGAUAUCAAUAUCAAAAAUUCUCAUCCAGCUCUUGAUAAGACAGCAAAUAACUACUAAUUUUAAGCUUGUUUUUUGGGGCCACUUGGGGGCAGCAGAACAAACUAAGAAGCACAACACUGACCUCUACUUAUAAAGUUGAGUUGACUAUUUAGACCUCCAGUAGAUACAGAGCAACUAUAUCAUUCAUUUGGAGUCAUGUUUGUGUCUACCUGUUAAAAAGUCUAAUAUUGUCCCUAUUUUUAGCUCUGUUUUGCUCUCAAAUGAAUCCUGACGGAAAUAUCUGGCUAUUUAGCUGCUAAUUGCGCAACUAUUUUCACCAGCUUGUCUCUAAAUGUAGGUAGUGUACAGUGGGUUUAUCAGAGCUUGUUUACUGAAAACAGCUUUAAGUUACUGAAAAUAAAGUGUCUUAAAUAGAUGAUGCUCCUUUGUUUUGGUUGUUUACCUGUAAAAAUAAUUGAUCAUCAAACCAGAUAAAGAUCCAAACAAGAUUAAUAAUUCCUCCCAGUUUAGAGGAAGUCAUGGUUGUUUAUCAUAUUUGCUCCUUUGUGAUUAGUUUUACACCCUAACUGACUGAGAAAACAUCCAAGACACUAUUUCUCUAAGAAGUUUAAGACAAUAAGACGUUGAAGAUGUGGGUAAGCUUAAUAGGUGGAUCAGUGCACACAAUUCCCAAUCUGGAUUUGUUGUUUAUUGCCAUAUUCCCCUGGCAAAGACUGGAUUUAGUUCAUUUUUGCAAAUAAUGUACACAAAUAAGAAUUCAAUGAGAAUUAUGAAAAGAUUAAUAUGUUAUACAGGGUUACUGUUUCUUUACUACGUGACAAUUAUUUGUAACAUACUUCAAACCAUUUCUUGUCAACUAGGAGGGUUACUGACAUGUGUUUUUUGCAUAUCUUAUGUAUAUUCAGUAUCUUUUCAUUUUCUGGACUUUUGGAGGUGGUAACAAGUGCUCACAUCCAAUAAACGUUUUACAAAAUGAAAAUAUGAUGUAUUUUUGUCUAAAUACAUCUUCUACUUGUUUUUACAAGACACUUAAUAUUGGAUAAUGAGAAGAAUCUCCAACAUGCCUACUAUCUAAAUCUACUGGAUGUUUUUCUAAGGAUUUGUCUCCCCCUAGUGUGUGAAAGCUGAAUUGCUUAAUUUUUAUCAUUUUGUAAAGUUAUUUGGUGAGAUUAAUUUGAUCCUGACAUAGGUUCAUAAUCUAUAUAAUAACAAUUUAAAAACAACAAUCUUAAAGUUAUUAU